CCAGGAGGGGCCCUCCGAGUACCUCGUCAAGGACGUGAAGCUAGCCGUGCUGGGGACGACGAGCGUGGGGAAGAGCGCUAUGAUUGUGCGGUACCUAACCAAGAGAUUUAUUGGAGACUAUGAACCCAACACAGGGAAUCUGUAUUCAAGACUUGUUCAUGUAGAAGGGGAUCAAAUCUUCUUGCAAAUCCAAGACACCCCAGGAUGCACAGAGGUUCAAGAAGACAUAGCACAGAUGUUUGACUCCCUUUCCAGAUGUCUAAAGUGGGCAGAUGGUUUUAUUUUAGUCUAUUCGAUUACAGACUACCAUAGCUAUCAAGCCAUCCGUCCUCUCUAUCAGCACAUCCGGAAGAUCCGUCCAGACUCUAAGAGCCCUGUCCUCAUUGUAGGCAACAAAGGGGACUUGUCUCAUUCCCGGCAGGUAGCGGCAAAUGAUGGCCUACAGUUGGCUAAUGAACUGGGCAGCGUGUUUCUAGAAAUCUCUGCUAGUGACAACUACCAAGGUGUGUGCGAUGUCUUUCAGCAUCUUUGCAAAGAAGUUACCAAGUUGCACAAUGGAGAGAAGAGGAGAUCAUCCAUCAUUCCGCGGCCCAAAUCGCCAAACAUGCAGGAUCUCAAGAGACGUUUUAAGCAGGCCUUAUCUUACAAAGUCAAGUAAAGAUCAGCCUUGCAAGAUCACCUCUUCUUGAACAGACUGUUUGUUUUAUAAAUUAUAUAAGUUUAUAAGGAUAAUUUAUUUUUGUAGGGAUGUGCGUUGUGUGCAUUUGAAAGCACGCAUCUUCCUUGUAUUACUUUUGUAUUAAUUAACCUUCACCAUGCU